AUGACCGAAACAAAGAUGCAAUUAGAAGACUGGCUGGAUGACUUGUGCGUCCGCUUCAUCAUUAACCUCCCGCGCGAGGAACUCGAGUCUGUGGAACGAAUCUGCUUUCAGGUAGAAGAGGCACAAUGGUUCUACGAGGAUUUUAUUCGCCCACUCGAUCCGGCACUGCCAUCACUCACUCUUAAGACAUUUGCCAUGCGCAUAUUUCAACACUGUCCUUUGAUGUCGCAAUGGUCCACUUAUCAUCACCAAGCAGCCUUCUCGGAGUUCCUUGCCUACAAGACACGCGUUCCUGUUCGAGGUGCGAUUCUACUGAAUGAGGAUAUGGAUGAGGUGAUUUUGGUCAAGGGCUGGAAGAAAGGUGCCAACUGGAGUUUCCCGCGAGGCAAGAUCAACAAGGGCGAGAAGGACCUGGACUGUGCUAUUCGUGAGGUCUACGAGGAAACUGGGUUUGAUGUUCGUGAGGCCAAUCUGGUCAAGGAUGAGGAUUCGGUGAAAUACAUUGAGAUCACGAUGCGUGAACAACAUAUGCGACUCUACGUCUUCCCUGGUGUUCCCCAGGACACAUACUUUGAGCCGCGGACCCGCAAGGAAAUCAGCAAGAUCGAGUGGUACAAGCUGACAGAGCUUCCGACCUUGAAAAAGAACAAGCAGCAUGACGAGGGACUUGCAGUGGCAAACGCAAACAAGUUCUACAUGGUUGCUCCAUUCCUACACCCGCUAAAGAAGUGGAUAGCGCAGCAGAAGAAGAUCAGUUCAAGGGCCCAAGUUAUUGCGAAACACCCCUCUCAAAUUGAGGGAUACUCCUCGAUGGAUGAGAAUGCACCUUAUUACUCCAAUGGCAACGUCCACCUGCCACGAACUACUGAGCUGCCCAUCCCAAGCGAUCUUCCUGAAGUGAACUUGAGACAAGAUGCCUCAUCUCAUAUCAAGCAACUGUUACAUAUUGGUGGCCCUACAGCUUCUAGUUACAUGCAGCCUCCUGGUCCUGCUCAGCCUCCUGUUGACCAGAACAAGUCAAACGCACUGCUGGCGCUCUUGAGGCAAGGAUCUCAAGAUAACUUCCCUCAAAACCAACCUGUUCCCCAACCGAAUGCUCCCCACCAUUCUCUGCCACCUAUUGAGCAACCACUUCAGCGACCACCCAACUUCUUCCCUGGCUUUCCUCCACAACAACAAGUCUUGCCAUCACACCCCCCAUCACACCCCGGUCAUCCAUUUGCUGAGGCUCGGAUCAAUCCUCACCAACAGCCUCUAUUUCCACCGGUGGGACGACCUGAGUUGCCUGGCGCACCUGCGGUGCAAUACCAACAGGGGCCCGCAUCGAAUUAUCCAACUCGAUCCCCUAUGACAUCCGCCACCACCCCUCCCAGACACGCUAUUGCACCAUUCCAACAGACUGGCGAUCCUCUGAUGUCUCGAUCAGCCCAGCCAGCUCCAGGCCAGGGCGUAGCAGCUCCACAUGCGAGCAAGCUACCUCCUCCGAAGCUCACUAGUCAUUCACUUUCGCUUUUGAACUUCUUCAAGGAUGAUUCUUCCAAGACACCGGUUGGAUCUCACGCAACGCCAGCGUCUGUCGCUCCUGGACUAGCCCCACCACAAAUUCCUCAGCAAACCCGCAAGACAUCUCAUCAUCAGGAUAGUCUGUUAGAUCUCUUCAAGGGUCCCAAGCCCGUUGCUUCUUCUCACCCCGUUGAACUGUCAGGCCAGCCUGUACCACAAGUUCAGUCCCCGUAUGAAAAGCACAUCAUCCAGCGGGCACAUCAGCACCCGGUACAUGAUCUCCAACGUGGAGAUGCGGGUCUCAAGGGCCAGUCGGGUCCCGGGCGAACAUCUGCUACUGUGUCAGGCCCCUUGAACAUGCCCAAAUUCGAAGCAGUUGGGAAGAACGCCCCCAAGAAGACGGCCAAUGGACCGAGUCGCAAGAACCAGGGAAAUCGUCGAGAGCAACCGCAACCGCAACAGCUCUCCUCACCCAUCACAAUUCUUCCUCGUCCCCAAUCGGCCAAGCGCGAUGUACCUAUGUCCGCAUCACACAAACAGGCUGCCCGAGGCCCCUCUCCACCCCAGCCUCCCCAACCAGCUCAAAUUGGGGCUCCCGCGCCAGUCAAGCCUUUCCAACCCCAAAUUCUUCGGCGCUCCGAAAAGACAGACUACGACCAAUUGAUGGCCGCCGCUCCGCAGAAAGAGGACAACGGGGACCGAAAACCAAGCCUACCUGGUCUCCAAACGGAUACGGCCGAACUUUCUCCCCAGUCCAGUUUCGACCGCCGACCAAGUCAAAACGCUUCGCAGAAGGAGGCACUCUUAUCGCUUUUUGGAAAACCUGCAACUUCCCCAACCCCUCCAUCCACGACACAACUGGACUCACGAGCGGUGAACCAACAUCUGCCCCAUGCUUCUGGUCUGGUCAGCCCUCUUUCAUCCCUUCAUCUCAAUCCUAGCAGCGUCGAUUCUAUUUCACGACACGGUACUCCUUCUGAGGGUGAUACGGGCGCAAACACUGUUUCGUCACCGAGCAACAAGGCGUUCUUGCUCGGAUAUCUUCAGGGAGUUGCCAAAGGCAACAAAUAA